AUUACAGCCCCAUGAAUAGAAAAGCAAACAAAGAAAAUUAACCCUUCUACGUCUAUCCAACUGGGAUUUACUAAGAAACUCGAGAAAAAGUCGGCAACGCGGUGCAUUCGGGACAGUAAACAAUAUACUUAUACGUAGGAGUAAAUGUAAGACGAUUAAAUGGAAGGAUUAGUGGAAGUGUAAGGAAAACGCAGGUGUUUUAAGAAAUUUUCAUCAAAACAACGGCGUCCUUGAAUUGUGUCGAUUUCCCAUGAUCCUUGGUGCACGUGAUCGUGUUUACAUGUCGUGAUUCGUUGUUUGUGAGCGUGCCCUGCGCCGCAUUGUUGCGCCCCAGUGAUAACAAAAUGCCGUCAGAGUCCAAACCUUUGUUGACAGCUCAGACGGAAAAGCCAAAUCAUUACUCAUAUCUAAAAGAAUUUCGCGUCGAGCAAUGCCCGCUCUUCUUACAACACAAAUGUACACAGCAUCGUCCUUUCACCUGUUUUCACUGGCAUUUUAUGAACCAGAGACGCCGACGACCUGUAAGGCGUCGCGAUGGCACUUUUAAUUACAGUGCUGACAAUUACUGCACAAAAUACGACGAAACAACGGGAAUUUGUCCAGACGGAGACGAAUGUCCAUAUUUACAUAGAACUGCAGGGGACACUGAAAGACGAUAUCACUUAAGAUAUUAUAAAACAUGUAUGUGCGUACAUGACACCGAUUCCAGGGGUUAUUGUGUGAAAAAUGGGCUUCAUUGUGCAUUUGCACAUGGAAGUCACGAUCACAGACCGCCAGUUUAUGAUAUAAAGGAAAUUCAAGCACUCGAAGCAGCAGAAGCUGAAGGUAGUUGUUCUUCAAAUGGACCUAAUGCUUUAGACAAAGAAAGGAAUUUAAUGAAUGAGGAUCCCAAAUGGCAAGAUACCAAUUUCGUAUUAUCAAAUUAUAAAACUGAACCAUGCAAACGACCGCCGCGAUUAUGCAGACAGGGGUAUGCGUGCCCACAGUUUCACAAUAGCAAGGAUAAAAGGAGAAGUCCCAGAAAGUUUAAAUAUAGAUCAACUCCUUGUCCCAAUGUGAAACAUGGCGAGGAAUGGGGAGAACCCGGUAAUUGCGACGCUGGAGAUAUGUGUUCAUAUUGUCAUACUAGAACAGAGCAACAGUUUCAUCCGGAAAUUUAUAAAAGCACUAAAUGCAAUGAUGUUCAGCAAUCGGGAUAUUGCCCAAGGGGUGUAUUUUGCGCAUUUGCACAUGUAGAACAAGAGUUAGGAGUGUCUAGAGACACUGGCGAUUCAUCAGGCACAAAUCUUGUAGAAAUUUUAUCUAGCGUACUUCCCCCGCAUACUUCAGAUCUGAAAAAAGAAAAAAAUAGUGAAAGUUCUAACGGAAGUAGUGAAGUUAGCGAAUCGGCGUCUUCAACAUCAUCAAUAGGCUCAAAUAGUUGUAGCAGUAAUAAAGCCCCAGGGGCACAAUUAACGCAUAAAAGUAUACCUUUCCAAAGACCUAACAACCUAGGACUAGAACUGAGUAAUAAAUUGUUGCAAAUUGAAAAAGAUCCUAAUCUAGAUCCUAUACAAAGGGAGCAAAGGAAACAGACGCUUUGCUUUGCUUAUAGCAGCUUGGGAAAUUCAUUUUUCACUGGUAAUGACACAGUUGAAAGUGUUGUAGGAAAUGCUUUGGAUGAACUCAAUUUGGAUGAUCUUAACUUAUCAGGAGCACUAGAUAGAGAUUUGGAAAAUGAUUCUCCUACUGUAUCCAAUUCAAUAUCAGUUGGAUUGUCUUCGGCAGGUUUGCUAGGUAGUUCUGCUCCCGUUAACAUUCCCAGUUCAGCACCCAGAACUCUUGGAUGCUUCAGCCCUAACAACAGUCCAAUGCAGUCGUUUUUAUCGGCUACUAGAUAUUCCCAGUCCGACACAAUGGACUUUCUAAAUCACGGACAGAUCCAAUUGAGUACUAGUGCAUCGAAAAUCAAUAAUUUUUCCAGCUUUUUUGACUUUCCUGCUCAAAGUAUAUCUCCCAGUUCUAGGAAUCACAAUAAUUUUAGUAUAUCCCCAAGCAUGAAUAAUAAUAUGGAAGUUGCAAGAUUAAGAGAUGAACUAACGCAAGCAAGAUUACAACUAAAUAAUUGGGAAGAGAGACUUCAGCAAGCCAGAACGGCUUGCGAUGCUUGGAAGCGCGAAAGUGAAGAUGCAAACCGCAAAGCUAAACAAUUAGAGAAUAAGCUUCAAGAAACACUAACUCAGUACACAUCCCUUAAACAAGAGUGUGAGCAAUUGCAAGAUGGUCCCCACAUACGUCGAAUAACUAAAGUAUCAGAGUUGAGUAAAUUAUCACUUAGUGUUUUGAAAUCCAUACAUUCGCAAAUAAGGCAAGAUCUUGAGGAAAUUGAAAAAGUCUUAUAUAGGGAAACAGCAUCUAAGUGUAUGGUAUGCGAAGAAAGAAAUAGGACUGUUACUUUGAAUUGCAAUCACUUCGUAUUAUGUGAUACAUGCGCGAAUACACAGUCUCAAUGCCCAUACUGUCAAACACCAAAUAACCUGGUGACAAAUAUGUGAAUAUGCGGAUAUUAGGCUUGUAAGGACUUUGCUGUAGGUUAUCCUUUGGUUUCUUUGAAUUAGCAUUUAUAACAUCAACUCAAGUACAAUAAGGGUAACUUACAGUAUUAUAUCUUACAAUUUAACAAAUUUUAUUCAUAGUUACAGUCUUUAUAAUUUCUAUAGUAUUGUAUAAAUUGAUAUAAUAGAGUGACAUCACUGUAGUUACUUAUUUUGAAAAUCCAAUAAGUAGUAUCUUCUCUUGUUUGCCACAUAUUAUCCUUGAAGAAAAAUUUUGAUUUCUUGCUUAGUUAUCUCAAUUAAGAAAGUUACAUAAUCCCCAUACUAGAUUAAGAAAAUAGAAUUUCCAAUUUACCAAUUUACGGUAUGAAAAUAUUAUUUAAAUUAAGCGAACAUUUUCACUUUAAGAGUAAAUUGACAUGUAUCAAUAUAUUUCCUUUAAUACAGUCAUUAGAAUUUUGCUAUUUUUUAAUUUGAUAAUCUAUUGUUGCUUUAUUGCUGCACCGAAACAUAUAUAGAAUAGCUAUGGGUUCUUAUUUUUCUCAUGUAUGUUUUUCUAGAGUGUUUGAAUUUGGAAUCAGGAUUCUAUUCAAGUGAAUUAAUUCUGAUGGAUUAAGUUAUACAUUUAAAAAGUCGACUAGUUAUAGAUUCCCUUGUAUUACAAACACACUUCAUUACAAAAGGUUUGUUUGAUUGGCUAGCGCCAAUCUCACCGUUUCUCGGAGCGAAAAACAGCGGGCAAAAAAAAAUUCACCGGCGGGCUGCAUUCAGGUAUUCCGAUAUCCAGGCAAAUGUGUUUCUUAAUCCAAUUUCAAACGCUUCUGGUUUCAAAUAAUUUAAGUAAAUUAAUCAGAAUAUCGAUUUUCUGUUUAUUAAUUUAAUGGAUCUUUAAAUUGGUACAGCAAUAUAGUUCACCAAAGUGAUUGAUUUUCCAUUGUCUAUUUUGUCAUUUGCCACCUUGUAUAGAGUGAUUAUGUGUGAUAUAGUUGUUAAACAAUUUUUUGCUUUUUCUGACGCAGUGCAAAUUUGAUUUUAUUCCGUUCAAACAGUGUAUGUAAAACUGAAAUAAAUGUGUAUUCAGUGAAUGUAUGUGAAAUUUUUUGAUGAGAUUUUAUAUUUUUACCAAGACUGUUUUAUGUGAUUUAGAGAUAAGGAAUUCAAUUAUUACGUCAUGCCUGCUUCAUGCAAAUUGUAAAUGAAACGCUGUUUAGUUUGAACAUUAAGAAACUUACAUUAAAAUCUCAAUAAAAAGUUUCACUAUAAUAUGUACAUUUACAGGGUGAGUCCUGUCAAUAUUGGAAGCUCUGCAUAUUUUGACAUCUUCUGACAAGAUUCUCAUGCGCAAAGCAAAUGACAAUUUUCUGUAUUAUUUUUUAAUUUGCUUUUGAUAUUGAACUGUGUAAUAAUUAGGAUAGCUUUUCAUCAUCGAUUUAAAUUGUGGCAUACUUCUAGUAGGCAUAUAGUACUGUUUUAAACAUGUAGGUAUUAGCAAUUAUUUGCAGGCCUAUUAAAGUAAAUUUGCGAAUUAUUCAUUAUAUUCGUUAAUUGACAAUUUGCAGUUGUAUUUUUUUGACUUGACAACCAGAUUUUCACACGGCCAAACCCAAUUUGAUUUAACUAGUUUGAUCUAGCGCAUAACACUUUAGCAUUACAUGGUAAUUUAUAUUGCUCUUAAUAUAAAUGUAAUACUUGUACCUAUCGUGUGUUUUCAAUAUUACCUUUUUGAUUGUAAAUGUUUAAUUCCAUAUUUUCUACUAUUGAAUGUCACCAAAUUGGGGCUCAGUUCAAACGAGUUAGUCGUAAGUUUACUGAUUCUCAACUAAUCAGAUGAUUUGCUAUAUGUAACAGAAAACAUGCAUUUAUGACACGUUAUAUUCGUAACAUAUUACUUGCCAACAAUAGUAAUUUUUAUGGAGCUGCUGCUAUUACCGUUUCACGUACCAAUCGAAUAUUUUCAUUUGGAACUGUUGAAUACUAUUUUCGAAAUUUCAGUUUCCACCAGACUAUGUGAAUUUACAGUUUUAUGUUAAUGAAACAAUUUUAUAAAAUAAGUACAAACGAUCAAGUAUAUUAUAUCGUAAAAAUAUUUUAGAGACUUUUUGGCAAUACGUAGAUGUGAAUAUAAUAUGUAAUUCUAAAAGUAUUUUUAAAUAAAGUGUUAUUCUCUACUGUAAAAUGUGGUUUUUUCGAUAUGUAGAUUUAAAAUUAAGAACAUAAUUCAUAAUAUAUAUGUACCUUCAUCGCUUAUUUUAUAAUAAUUUCCUCUACAAAUAUAAAUAUUUUAGUUUU